AUGAUUACAAGAUCAAAAUUAUCAGGGUUAUUCAAUGAAUUUUUUUCAUCGGAGCAUUUUUUGGUUGUGGGGGCUUCUUCUGAUCCAUCGAAAUAUGGAAAUAAAGUUUUGAAAUGGUAUAUGAAUAAUAAUUAUCCAGUUACAGCUGUCAACCCAAAUGAAAAAAUUGUAGAAGGUUUAAAAACUAUACCAAACCUAUCAUCAUUCUCAUCAAAUAUUCCACCAUCAAAAAUUUCAGUUUCAAUUAUCACGCCUCCAAAAAUUACCAAAACAAUUUUAGAAGAAGCUGCCAAACUAGGAAUUACAAAAAUUUGGUUACAACCUGGUGCAGAAAAUUUGGACUGCCAAACUUUUGCUGUAAAUAAUAACAUCAAAUUAAUUAGUGGCGGUCCAUGUGUUUUAGUUGAUGGACCUAAGCUAUAA